AUGGCAUCAGACGCUGCCAAUGAACACGAGGAAGACGACACACAAUCUAAUAUAAUCUACUGCACGUUUUGCAAACAACGAUUCCGGAACCCAAGAACGCUACCUUGUCUACAUACAUUCUGUCGGAAGUGUUUACGAUCCUAUCUGGACGAUUUGGACGGCUCGGAACCAGUCUGCACUAUAUGCGGCGCUGUUUUCUCUGGUUCAGAUAAAGCCAUUGAAGGCUCAAAAAAAGAUAUUCUCAUUCAACGUCUUCUUGAGUGCGACAGAGAUCAGCUGGAGAAUCAGUCAUGUUCUCUAUGUAGCAGUGAUGCGACAGAGAAAUGUUUUCAUUGUAACCAUUGCUUGUGUGAGCGCGAUGCAGAGCACCAUAGUAAGAUACCUUUAAUGGCAAACCAUACAGUGGUGAGUCUGAAAGAAUACCGACGCAUGUCAGCAUUGGAACGACUGUCUCUCCAUCCGACAAAGUGCUCAGUGCACGAGGACUAUAUUGUGGAGUACUUUUGUUCCACCUGUGAUGCACCUGUGUGUAUAAAGUGUACUUUGGAUGACCAUGAUCGUACGGAUCAUAAUUUGCACACCAUGAAUGAAGUAAUUGAGACAGACAAGAAAGAGCUUAGUGAAGAACAAUCGUUUGUUUCUACACAAUACGAUAAACUUACCAAUGCUGAGAAGAAAGUUUUAGAAACUAGAGACACGCUUGUAGAAGCGAAGACGGAGGCAAUAAAGACGAUAGAAAAGCGAUCAAAUGAUCUAAGAAAACAAAUUGACGAGUUGCAGAAAGAAUUAGCUGACGAGAUAACUGAGAAAUACAAAUUAUAUUAA